AUGGAAGACUCACCGGAGUUGGCGCAACUCAUGCAUCAUCUACAGAGCAGUUCUUCUACAUCUGCACAACCUUCUUUACCAGAGUCCACUUCGACACCUGGCUUAUUGCCAAAUGGCAAAAAAACUAAAGGACGUGUCAAGAUUAAAAUGGAAUAUAUCGGGAACAAAUUGCGGCGGUACACGACGUUUAGCAAACGAAAAACGGGCAUAAUGAAGAAAGCUUACGAGUUAUCCACGUUAACGGGGACACAAGUCAUGCUACUAGUCGCAUCGGAAACCGGUCAUGUAUACACGUAUGCGACAAAGAAGCUCCAACCAAUGAUCUCUUCGGAUACUGGAAAAGCACUAAUCCAGACAUGUUUGAACGCUCCCGGAGAUGGUUCUGAUCUACAACCGAAUCGAACCGAAUUCACGUUUGAAACUGGCACCGCACCACCCAAUCCACGGAAACGACGUGCAGCUGACACACCAGAUACGACUCAGUUCGUUUCCUUGCUACCAACUAUGGUUCCGACAGCGCUGUUCAGUUCUUUUGGUGAAGAUGACUAUAAUCAAGAAGACAGUGGAGAUGACUCUGAUAGCGAAGAGCCUAGCGAGGCUGCAAAGGAAGAAGCACCUGUAGCGGAGGAGCCCAAAAAAGAUGAACAAGCGGAGCUAACGGCCAGCCUCCAACAGACGUUAAAGGAGGCGCUGAAAGCUGCUGGAACGAACCGGCUAAUGCAGCAGAAACGACGGCAAGCCAGUCCUCCACAGCCGCCCCCGAGCUCGCAACCAGCGCCAGCGCCGAACGCAAAUGCAUUUCUCGCGCCGUUCCUACUAUCAGGACUUACCGCAAAUACCUCCGCUAACGGCACGAUAUUCCAAUUACCGCAAGGUUGCGUCUAUACUACGUCGCCAAACGGCGCUGACGGUGGAGCAUCAGCCAGCAACCUGUUGAUCAACUCAACGAAAGCUGAUGACGCUGCACCGACAACAAAUCCGCUUCUUUCGUUCCCGUUUCAGUUUAAUUUCCAACAGUUGAUGGAAUCUGCCGCCCUAGGCGCUCAAAUCACCAACACAACUGAAUAA